CCUCGCACAGUUAUCCCCUUUAUCUGCAACCCCAACCCCAACCCCAACUCCAACUUCCAGACCUCCCUCUGACCGACAACCCCAUCGCCUAUACCUACAGUCAUACCCAUAGCCCAACAUGGCCUCGUCACCCCCCGAGACCGAACCCCCGACCCUCGACACCAUCGCCCAGGUGCUCCAACACGACACCCGCGUCAAGCUGGCAGGCGUGGACGUCGACGGCAUGCUGCGCGGCAAGCUGGUCUCCAAGAAGAAGUUCCUCUCGAUCGUCGCCGACGGGUUCGGGUUCUGCUCCGUGAUCUUCGGGUGGGACAUGCACGACCGCACCUACUUCAAGGAGCUGGCGAUCAGCAACAAGGAGAACGGGUACCGCGACCUGGUCGCCGUGCCGGACCUGCGCAGUUUCCGUCGCAUCCCCUGGGAGAACAACAUCCCCUUCUUCCUGGUCAGCUUCCACGAUCCCGACACCAAGGAGCCGGUGUGCGCGUGUCCGCGGGGCCUGUUGCGCACGGCGCUGGGGUCGGUGGAGGCGGCCGGGUAUCGCGCGAUGGCUGGAGGUAUGUCCACCCCACCCCUGCUGUUAUGCUAGGGGAUGUGCAGCGCUAAGAUAGCCGAAUAGCGGAGUAUGAGUUCUAUCAUUUCCGCGCGCCCAGCAGUCAUGCAGACCCCAAGCAGAACGCCUCCGCGACCGCCACCUUCCUCAAAGAGAAC